AUGAAUGAACACGGCAAGUCGAGCAGCAUCUGGAGAAGGGAAGCAAACCUGGAUUUGGAAGGUGCGCUGAUACAAUUUAUGAUUAAGUGGGCAGAGGAAAUAAUGCGUAUCGAGUUGAUUGUCUAUGUCAAGUUCAGUCGCAUCAAGAUCUCUGACAGUAAAACGAUGCAUGAACCGGCGAAUGGUCUCGUAUACGCCAUUUACUACCCUGUCCUUGCAGCUGCCGGUAUUCCUGCUAAUAUAAUUGCUAUUGUGAUCCUCUCCCGGGGAAAAUGCGGCCUUUCUAAAUGCAUCACUCACUAUCUUGUUGGCAUGGCAGCAGCUGACCUACUCGUCGUCAUCACCGGGGUUAUACUGAACAGGAUUGUUGGCAUUUACCUCCCAGCCAGCUACAUGUCGCUCACGCCAAUAUGCAGUCUCAAAAUCGUCCUCAUUUACGCAACCAGGGACAUUUCUGUCUGGUUAACGGUCGCAUUCACGUUUGAUCGUUUUGUAGCCAUUUGUUGCGACAAACUGAAGACCCGGUACUGCAGGCAAAAGGUGGCGGCCGCCGUGGUUGGGAUGAUUUUCACGCUGGGCGGCUUGCAAAAUAUCCCCUGGUACUUUAAGUUUGAACCCAUGCAGAUAAUCAACGGGAUGCCGUGGUACUGCCACACAAAACCCAACUUCUACACUGCCCCAUUGUGGAUAAUAUUUUCCGCUUUUAAAUGUAUCGCAACUCCCUUCCUCCCGUUCUUUCUCAUCGUGUUGCUCAAUGUCCUGACUGUCAGGUUCAUCAUAGUGGCAAGCAGAGGGCGCAAAGCUCUCCGCCGCCACAAUCAUCCGGCAGAUCACAAGGACCCUGAAAUGGAGAACAGAAAAAGGUCCAUCGUUUUACUUUUCGCCAUCUCCGGCAGUUUUGUGCUCCUGUGGAUGACGUUUAUCAUCCAUUUCCUCUACUAUAGAAUCACAAACACCCUGACAUACUCUGGUUACGAUGAUCCCGUGUUUAUCCUGCAGGAGGUCGGCUACAUGCUCCUGCUCCUGAGCUGCUGCACGAACACCUGCAUUUAUGCAGCGACUCAGCAGAAGUUCAGGGAGGAGUUGAAGAAAUCACUGAAAUAUCCAUUAACACGGAUUGCUAGAUUUCUAAAGUAG